AUGGAUUAUAAUCAGCUGGGAGUCGCCACUGCUGCUGCUGGCUCAGCUGCCGAUGCGAAGAGCGCUGCUUGUUUGGGCUGCAGAAUACGAAGACGAAGAUGUGAUCGAAUGAAGCCCGUGUGCACUGGUUGUCUUGAUUUGAAUGUCCCUCCAGAGCUGUGUGUUUAUAGAAGUAUUGGUAUCAUGUCCAAGGACUCCAGAAAUACGCUGAGUGUGAUCAAGACACAGAAUGCGGAGCUGAAACAACAAUUAAUCCAUUUGCAAACUGCUCUGAGGAAGACUAAAGGAACGGGAUUGACUGAUAUCAUCGAGAAUGACGAUUAUUCAAGUGAUGAGGUUGAGAGAGAACUAUCUGAGGCAAAUAAAAUCCAAAAGAAUAGCUCCCUGAGUCAUUCCUAUAAGCAUCUUCAGUUGAAUCCACAGAGAAAUCCAUUAUUAUGUACAAUUAGGGAGACAAAAUUCAGUACUACCCAUUUGGGAUCAAUAUCAUUAGAUGCACUUAGUCAAAGUGAACCUUCAAUUAAAUUGCUAUUAAGUCAAAUUCACACAGUUAUAAGAAGGGAAAGAUUGAAAUACGAUGCUAGAAGAAGAAAAUUUGGUAAUUUUGUGGAAAAUGAUGAAGGUUUAAACAGUAUUAAAUUUAAAAUUCUUGAUAGAAUGAUUGGUUUAUCUCCCGAAAACGAUUUCGAAAUACUGAAUACAAUCUUUGCAGAAAUUGAGAAAAACUUUCCAGAUUGUGCUUCAUUAGAAUUCCUGUUGAACUCAUAUUUCAAGCAUAAUGAAGAUAGAUAUGUUGUCUUUGUUUAUGUUGAUGAAGAAACAACAAGACAAUCAUUCAACAGAUUUUUAGAUACUUCUGGCAAAAGACCAAAGAUCAAUAUCAAGUUACCAGAAGAAGUUGAUAAAUUACCAGGAUUGUUAUUACUAUUAAGUGCAAUGGUUUUUUCCACUUUUUUGAAAAGUGUUACAAUUGGCUCAAAACAUUCGGAUUUUAAUUACUUGCUAUACCUGGAGUAUGCUGAAGCUAUCUUGUCUACAAAACCAUUUUUAGAAGAUAAGUAUUCUUCAAAGUCAUUAAUCACACCAGAAACGUUAGUCGCAUUGACUCAUAUUGUUGGGUUUGAGACUUAUACACCUCAUGGAAGGGUCAUGGAUCAGGAUGCCAAUGGUGCAGAAAGUGUUGUUGUGGUGAGAAGAUUAGUUGACAUUGCCAAAUCACUCAAUUUGCAUAAAAAUAUUGAUUAUUAUUAUGCUGAUAAAAAUCAAAGUGUAAGAAAAUCUUUGAAAAAUCUUUGGUUUUUCUUGGUACAUAUUGAACAAAUUGAAUCUUUUGAACAUGGAUUACCUUCCAAAAUUCAUCCAAAGACAAUAAGAUAUUAUCCAGAUUAUUCAAACUCGUUAACAAGAGUAACACUGGUUAUUAAUCAAAUAUUGGGUGUUUAUUUCAAGAUUGAAACUACUGCAGAUACGUAUUCAUUUGUUGAUAAAGUGGAAAACCAAUGUAUACGACCUUUGAAAAGUUCAUUAAGUAAAGAAUUUGGUUCUUUACAAAGAGAAAUUGAUCUUUUACAGAAUUUUAACUUUGAUGAUGUUUCAUUAAUCCCUGAAUUCAGAUAUCUAGUUCAACAAAUGGUUAUAAGAUUCAUAGCUUUGGGAAUGUUGCAAGCUUUCCAUUAUCUUUGUUUCAAAAGAUUAGAACAAACCGGUGAUAGAUCUCCAAGGUAUGAAAGAUUUAAAAUACUGACAUGGAAAUAUUCAAUGGUUGUACCAAUUUUGGUUGCUGAAGUAUUGACUGGGUUUAAAAGAUUAACGCAUCAUCCAAAUCAUCCACAGUUUCAUGUUAUUGCUUCAUUAUUACAAUUGUCUUUUGAAAUGAGAAUGGCUGAAAGGAGAAUGGGGAUUUAUGCAAGUGCAAGAAUUUUAGAUAUGUUGAAGGUUGGGAAUUCAACAAUGAUAAAGAAAUUAUUAUUCCAAAGCAAGAAGAAUAAAAAUAAUGAAAUACAUGAAAUUUUAAGAGAAAGAGGUGAAUAUCAACAUUGCUAUACCUUGAGUGAUUUUGAUGAUUUCCAAAUUGAUGAUAAUUUUACACAACUGAUGGAUAAGUUUUCAAGGUUUCAAGACGUUAAAUAUAUUAUUGUGGUUUUUAGUAAGAAAAUGUUGGAAAUUUUGGACCUAUUAGCUAAUGGGAAUUAUAAUUUCAAUUAUAUGAAGUUGAAUUAUGGAUUUUUCUUAAUGUUGAAGAUGUCAAGUUUGUUUUUGAAUCUUGUUUUCCCUUAUCAAGAAUUAAGUGAUAAGGCUAUAAUCAAAGAAGAAAUAUCAACAUCUGAAGAAGAAUUUGAUUUCAAUGAAUUGUUCAAGACUGCAAUUGAUACAAGUUCAAGCAAAUUUGAUUUUGAAAGUUUCUUUACAGGGUCGUUUGGUAAUGUUUAUCAAGUCAAUGAAAUUGAAGACUUUUUUGCUUCAAAUGUUAAUAGAUAUUGA